UGAAUCAGAGUUUAAAGAAGCAGUUAAAAGAUAUUUAAAGAAAAAACUUCCUUUUCAUUUUGCUAAAUCUGGUAAAAAAACUAGCUCUGAUGAAGAAGAAAUUGAGAAGAAAAAAAAUCUUAUAAGGCUGCAAAGUUUCAAACAUGCUGAAGAAUCAUAUAGUAGAGGUCAUAAGAGAUCUGAAACAGAAGAAGAUUCACAAGAAAGAAGUAGAAAGCGAGAAAGGCCACCAACUUCUAAAAGA